CAUACUAUAGGACCUCAUUGCCGGGUUGCUGCAGGGCCGAGUGGAUUGUGGAAUUCGGGAGCCGAACCGAGCCGAACCGGCCGAUCGCCUCAGGAGACCCGAGGGUGUUAGUGGACUGUAGGAUCCGGGACAUCCCUGGGAGGCCUGCGCGUGCCGCGGGGGUCAGCAGCAGUGAGCUCGAGACAGGACACAACAGGGGGACAACAACGAACCCGAGGAACCCGAACCAGACUGUAAAAGCCCGAUGGAUCUGGAGAUACCCAGAACCGAGCUGGGAGCCAUGGCCGAGCCGCUGCAGCCCCAGACCCCGAGCCGACACGAGAAGAGUCUCGGAUUGCUAACAACCAAAUUUGUUACUUUACUCCAAGAGGCCAAGGACGGAGUUCUAGACCUGAAAGUAGCGGCGGACACCCUCGCUGUGAGGCAGAAGAGGCGGAUCUAUGACAUCACCAACGUGCUGGAGGGCAUCGGGCUGAUUGAGAAGAAGUCCAAAAACAGCAUCCAGUGGAAGGGCGUGGGUCCCGGGUGUAACACACGAGAGAUCGCAGACAAGCUGAUCGACCUGAAAGCAGAGCUGGAGGACCUGGACCGACGAGAACACGAGCUGGACCAGCAGCGGGUUUGGGUCCAACAGAGCAUCAAAAACGUGACGGACGACACGCAGAACAGCAGAUUGGCUUAUGUUACCCAUGAAGACAUCUGCGGCUGCUUCAAAGGUGACACUCUCCUGGCCAUUCGUGCCCCCUCAGGUACACAGCUGGAGGUGCCCAUACCCGAGGCGGCAAUGAACGGUCAGAAGAAGUACCAGAUCCAUUUGAAGAGCACUUCCGGUCCCAUUGAGGUCCUCCUGGUCAACAAGGACACGACAGGCUCCGCCCCUGUGGUCCUGCCGGUCCCCCCUCCAGAGGACAUGUUCCAGAGCCUGCCCACGCCCGCUGCCCCCGCCACGCCCAAAGGGGCUGCUCCGCCCGCCGCAGACCCGCCCCCAGCCUCCAGCGGCCAGAGCCCGGCCACCGCCUCACCCUCCACCCCCACAGCGCCCACCCCCGAAGCUUCCAGCAACAACACCAGUGCACUUGAGCUUGUCCCGCCCACCGCAGACACGCCAGCCAGUCAGACGCCCUCCCUGGACACCCAGCCCCUCCAGUCUUCCGCCUCGUUGGACAGCAGCUCCUCCAUCCCGGCCUCCUCCACAGUCUUCGAGCCUAUCAAGUCAGAUCCUUCAGAAAUGUUGGACUUCCCUAAAGAGCUCUCGGAGAUGUUCGACCCUACGAAAGAAAUCGUGAGCGCUGACCUGUUGGAAGAACUCAUGGCGUCAGAAGUGUUCUCCCCACUCCUCCGUCUCUCACCCCCACCCGGCGACCACGACUACAUCUACAACCUGGAUGAAAGCGAAGGCCUCUGCGACCUUUUCGACGUCCCCAUCCUUAACCUUUGACCCCUGAACUCUGCCAUUGGGCGCAUGUGAAUAGGGAUUUACACAGAAAGCAAAAACAACCAUUUUUUACCCUUUUUUGAGGAGAAAAAAAAAGAAGAUUGAAUAUAUUUUUGGAUCCUUGUAUUAUAAGCUGAUCUGAUGAACAAAGUUUGUUGUUUUGUUUUUUUGUUUUUUAAAAAUCAUCCCUUACCUCUUUCCCCAGUAAGUUUCUGCUGAACAGGAAGGUCUUGUGUCUCAGCUGGUGACAGCAAAGGUUCCUGGGAGAUCAGCACUCCCCUCCCAGCUUUAAUGGUGACAUACAGCUCCUCUGUGUAGCAAAGACAUUUUUUGCAUAAUCGGCCUCCACCUUAUUUAUGGUGACUACAUGGAUGGACUGUGAGAGCUUCUUUGGGCGAUGUCAACCAGGAUUGUUUCAACUUAUGAACUCAUUUAUUGAGAUGGGGGCAUAUUAAGUGCGUAUUAGAAAUGAGAGUAGUUCCAACGGCGUGGUGAGGGUUAAAGGAAGUCUGUUGUGGGCUGACAGGGUGGAGGAUGUGUUGAAGACUGUUGAGCAUGGGCUGCAGUUACUCUUCUCUCCAGGUGGUGGUGCCAGAGGCACCUGAAGCAGAGCGAGCUGACGUCUACGUUAGCAGAGACACACCGGCGACAGCCUUCCCUCCUGUCUCAUCAGUGACAUCACAGCCAUCCUGUCAUCCUCUGCACUGUCAAUCACCCUGCUCUGAAUUAAACAGAAAUAUUUCAUUUUUAGCUGAAGGCAAAUGUACAUUUGAUAUGAUAUUGUGAUACCUUUAUGUCAAGUGCACACUUUUUAAUGAAAAAAUAGUAACGGGGGUGAUUUGGGGUCAAAGAAUCAGAAUGAACUGUAUGUCAGUUAGCCCAUGCGGUCAUGCUCACUGAGAUUCAGAAACGCAUUGGAAUUCACAUCCAUUCAAUGUUUUUUUUUUUUAAAUUGCAGUGCUACCAGCGGAAUGUUCCCACAUUAAUGACACUGUGACACAUCAGCAGUUUCCCUGCAGGCCUUCCUCCUGUCUCUCAGAAGGGGGCGUGGUCUGUAAUCUGACCCCUGGAGUACCACUCCUUCCCAGACAUCCCUGCUGUUUUCCUGCUGUAUACACAACACAUAGCAUGCGCCGUCUGUCCCUUGGUACGCAUCCGCUAACACCUCAGCUAACACUGCAGUGGCUGCAGCUUUAGAGAACCACACACACACGCGCCUUGAGUGAAACUAGACGUGUGGAUAUACUGAAUGUUUCGUUAGUUAGGUGGACCAUGUGACAGUUUCAGUGUCAUCGGUUCAGACGGCGAGUUGGGUUGGCUACUUUUUAUUAAGUUGAGACUUAUGCAGACAUUAAAAUUUUACCCACCUUCCAUGUGUAUAUUAACAGAAUGUUGUAAAUCUGAUGCAUGUAAGUCUUACCUGUGUGUUAGUCAUCCCAUUCUUUCUACUGUCCGGCAGGUGGUCAUGCACUAUGUUUUACAUGAAGUGGUCAAAGGCAGCAACUAGAGUGUAUUUUCUCUCACCUUUGGUAUUUUCAGAAGUGGGCUUCGUGGCGUUAGGUUUAGGUCUGGUUAUAUAUAGGAUGGUGGUGUUGCGUGCGUGCGUGUGCGUGUGUGUGUGUGUGUGUGUGUGUCCGUACUUUGUCCACUUUGGAGAGCAGUGUCCAGUCUGUGUGAGAAACUGAACCACUGGCUUUAUCGUCAGCGGAAUUUUGGCGCACCUGACCCCCCCUGUCCGCUGUAAUCCCUCCAGGUGCACUCACACGCUGCUGUGCACCAAUGAAAUUCAUGCCUGAGUCUGGAAACGUAAGUGUCACAGAGGCUGACACAGUGGAACGAGUUCCUCUCCAGGUCAGGGUCAUUAUUUACAGUACUCCUGCACACCUGUGCCCAGGUAACGCUUCUGUAAUGUUGCAGCAAUUAGCGUGGCGUUUCUGAAUG